AUGGGGAAGAGACAACAUCAGAAGGAUAAAUUAUACUUGACAACUACAGAAUACACUUAUUUUUAUGGUGGUCGAUUACCUGAUGCUGAUUUGCGCCAACAACAAUUGAGUCGAUUUAGUCGAUUACCUUUCGAUCAUUGCUGUUUAUCUUUUCAACCCUUCAAAGACCCCUACUGUGAUGAUAAAGGCUACAUUUUUGAUAUUACCAAUAUUGUACCAUUCUUGGCUAAACAUAAGAUUAGUCCUAUUGAUGGCAAACCCUUGGAAAUGAAGAAUUUAACUAAACUGAAUUUCACUAAGAACGAGGACGGAAAAUACCAAUGUCCAAUCCUAUACAAGGUUUUCAAUUCACAUACACACAUUGUCGCCAUUAAACCAACUGGUAAUGUUUAUUCUUAUGAGGCAAUUGAGCAGUUAAAUUUGAAAGUCAACAAUUUAAGAGAUUUGCUUACUGAUGAGCCCUUCACAAAAAAAGACAUAAUAACCCUCCAAGAUUCCAAUAAUAUAGAGAAACAUAAUGCCGCUUCCUUUCAUCAUAUUGUUCAAAACCUACGUUGGGUAGAAGAGGAAGACACAUUUGACGCAACUAGUAUGUUCAGAAAUAUGGACUCUGUUACCAAAGCUACUUUGGAUGAAAUGAAGGAAAAAGGGGUUACAUUAAAAGUUCCAAAAUCAGCUAAUACAGAAAAACAAGAAGCUCCAGAUCGAUUUAACAAAGCUAUCUACUCAACUGGUGCUGCUUCAGCCUCUUUAACAUCCACUGUUAUGGUACCAACAACGAAGAUUGAAGCAGCAACUAUCGAUGAUACUGAUGUAGUCUAUUCAAUGAUUAAGAAAAAUGGCUAUGUCCAAUUAAUGACAAACUAUGGUCAUCUAAAUUUAGAGCUGUAUUGUAAAGAUGCCCCCAAAACAUGUCAAAAUUUUUUAACUCUUUGUACAAGAAAAUACUACGAUGGUACUAUUUUUCACCGUUUAAUCAAAAAUUUUAUGAUACAAGGAGGAGAUCCAACAGGUACAGGUCUUGGUGGUGAAUCUAUUUUCGGUGCUCCUUUUGAGGAUGAAUUCAAUGGUCAUCUUGUUCAUCAGGGUCGAGGUGUUGUUAGCAUGGCUAACUCUGGACCCAAUACAAACAAAUCUCAAUUUUUCAUUACAUUGAAGUCCUGUCGUCAUCUGGAUAAAAAGCAUACUGUUUUCGGAAAAGUUGUCGGAGGCUUGGAAACUUUAGACAAAUUGGAAAAAAUUCCUACAGAUAAGGAUGACCGACCGGAAAAAAAGGUUAAAUUGAUAAGUUCAACUGUAUAUGUUAAUCCAUUCCAGGAAAUUGAGGAUGAAAUUAAGGCCGAGAGACUCAAAGAUAAAGAAGAGGCUAAAAAAACCAUUGCUAAGCCUGAGAAAAAAUUACCGGAAAGUGGGUCUAGCGUAGGAAGUUUGAUUAAUUUAAAAGCGAUAAAAUACGAUGAUGAUGAUGACAAAGAAGAGUCUAAGGAUUUAGCAGUUGCUGGUCCAUCCAAAAAGAAAAUUGUUGCAAGAUCGACAUUUGGAAAUUUUUCAGAUUGGUGA